AUGUCUUCAUCAAACAUCAAAGAUCCAAUUCGUAUUGUAAUCACCGGUGCUGCAGGUCAAAUUGCUUAUUCAUUAAUUCAUCAAAUUUGUAACGGUGAUGUUUUUGGAAAAGAUCAAAGUGUUAUUCUUCAUUUACUUGAUAUUACACCAAUGAUGACCAUGCUUCAAGGUUUAGUCAUGGAAAUUGAAGAUACUAGUUUACCUUUAGUUAAAGGUGUUGUACCAACUGAUAGUGAAGAAACAGCUUUCAAAGAUGUUGAUGUUGCUUUAUUUGUUGGUGCUAUGCCACGUAAAGAAGGCAUGGAACGUAAAGAUUUACUUAGUGCUAAUGUUAAAAUCUUUAAAUCACAAGGAACUGCUCUUGAAAAAUUUGCCAAGAAAUCCGUUAAAGUACUUGUUGUUGGUAAUCCAGCAAAUACAAACUGUUAUAUCUUAGCUCAUUAUGCUCCAUCGAUUCCACGAGAAAGCUUUACUUGUUUAACACGUUUAGAUCAUAAUCGUGCUAAAGCUCAAAUUGCAACACGUCUUAAAGUAUCACCAGAUACAGUUAAAAAUAUUAUGAUCUGGGGUAAUCAUUCAUCAACACAAUUUCCUGAUGUUCGCUCCGGAACAGUAACUGUUAAUGGUAAAGAAACACCAAUUUAUGAAGCUGUUAAAGAUGAUAACUGGAUUAAAAAUGAAUUUGUUUCGAUCGUACAAAAACGUGGUGCUGCUGUUAUUGCUGCACGUAAACUUUCAAGUGCUAUGUCAGCAGCUAAAGCUAUUUGUGAUCAUAUGCGUGAUUGGUGGCAAGGAACAAAAGAUAAUGAAUGGGUAUCAAUGGGUGUUAUUAGUGAUGGUUCAUAUGAUAUCGAAAAAGGCUUGGUAUUUAGUUAUCCAGUUCAAAUAAAAGAUAACAAAAUUUCAAUUGUUCAAGGAUUGAAACUCGAUGAAUGGUCACGUGAAAUGAUUGAAAAAACUCAAAAAGAAUUAGUCGAAGAAAAAAAUGAUGCAUUAAAAGCUACAAGCUCGGACUAA